AGAGUCCGAGGAGGACGGGGGAGGGAGGCAGACAGAAACUCGGGGAGCUCCUCGACACAUCGGGGGGAGCGCUGGCUGUGGCUGUCUACGGGAAGCUUGUCCGGCUCGGAGCAUCUCUCCCCCCACACGCCCCCUCCUCCUGCUCCCUCCGUCUCCCGGUAACGGUUUAACGUGUCAGAUUCCCGUCGCCACCUGGCCUUGUUUAUAACCGCCGCAAAAAAAAAAAAGGAAAGAAACUCGGAUGGGACGAACCACAGAGCCGAGCCGAGCCGAGCAGAGACACUCCCGGAAAUAACAUGCGUACUCUCAGCCCGUCACGUAGGCUCGCCGAGGAUUUGCUUUGCCGGAGGAGGAGGAUUUCCGUCGCUGCCUGAAUAUGUUUAAGAGGCGCACUGAAACAAACGCAGAGACGCAGAGUGACUGCUGAAACCAGAGCAGACGAAGGACUGGGGACAUGAUACUUGCAGUGCUCCUCUCCGAAAGAGGAAGCAGCGGCUCAGUUGGAAAAUGAAGGGAGGACGUGAGGUACGUGUGCACCCAGCAGACGACGAGAUCAAAUGGAGAGUUUGGGGCUGAAGGAGCUCUUGAAGACAAACUCUCGCCUUGGACCAACAGUCUUUUCAGAGUCGCUGGAGAGAAGAAGCCAGCAGACAGAGAUCUACAGCUCAUACCAGGCAGACAUGGGUCUGAACGGUUUCUGCGCAGGGCCCACUGGGACUCAGACGGCCGCCGAGCUGCUCGCCGACAUGGCUUCGCAGACAAACUCCCCGGGCAUCACUAGCCCAACAAAGCAGUCCAAAAGCGGCGUUCCGCUCUACAACGGUGGCGUGGUGUCCCCGUCAGCCACCGUGGAGGCCAGCCAGGCCGAGGCUUUGGCCCACACGCCCCAUAGUUACCCGGCUCAAGUGAACGGGAUGGGAGCAAAAACAGGUGGCUCCGUCUGCACUUUUAACAGCAGAGGCCUCACGAUGGAGGAUGGGGACAGAACGGCUCAUGACAUAUGCUCUUUAGGAGCGAGGAGAAUCAAUGAGGACCUGAAAGUCAGGCAGGCACAGCAGCAGCAGAAGAGGAGGAACGGAGAGAAUUGGGAUGGUGGAUCAGAAAUCCUCAAUGGCCAUGUCAUGGGCUCGCCAGGGUUGGGAUGCUCAGCAGACCCGGAUUGUGGAGCAGGGGAGUCAGAUUUAAAGCGGCGGAAGUUGGCUGAUGGAACUGUUGCUAGCAAAUCAUCCGAACCGCGCAGAGUGGCCCGAGCAGUCGCCCCGAUUAGAGUCACCGUCAACAGCAGCAGCUCUCACAACCAUCCAAACUGCUCUCCUGAAAAUGCCAACUUGCGAAAUGGACAUUACACAGCAUCCCCAGAUCCUGCAGCUGUACCAAAUUUGCCCUCCAUCCCUGGCCUCCUGCCUCCUGCAGGGACCGGCUGGUCAGCGGAGCGCAUCGCCAAGCAGUACAUUAUCCCCUGCAUGAAGUACUACGGUAUUUGUGUGAAGGAUAACUUCCUCGGUGUGCAGCUGGGAGACAGUGUCCUGAAGGAGGUGGAGGCUCUGAACCAGAGUGGGAAGUUCCGGGGCGGACAGCUGGUGAGCCAGGCGGACAUUCCCUCCCGGAACAUCCGAGGCGACCAGAUCGCCUGGGUGAAGGGGCAGGAGCGGGAGUGCCAAAGCAUCGGGACACUGAUGGCUCACAUUGAUGAGGCCAUAUUGUACAGCGCUGCCAAUGGACAGCUGGGGAACUGUGUCAUCAAUGGACGCACUAAGGCCAUGGUUGCUUGUUAUCCAGGGAAUGGGGCUGGCUACGUCCGCCAUGUUGAUAACCCGAACGGCGAUGGACGCUGCCUCACAUGCAUCUACUAUCUUAACAAGAACUGGGACGUUAAGACGCACGGAGGUUUGUUGCAGAUCUACCCCGAGGGUAAAAACGUGGUGGCCAAUAUCGAGCCUUUGUUUGACCGGCUGCUCAUCUUCUGGUCUGACCGCAGAAACCCACAUGAAGUCAAGCCAUCUCACGCCACUCGGUAUGCCAUCACAGUCUGGUACUUUGAUGCCAAGGAGAGGUCGGAGGCUAAAGAGAAGUACAAACUGGCAACAGGACAGAAGGGCAUUCAAGUGCCUGUCACUCAAAACAGCAGGUCAUAAAAUAGAAGAAGAAAAAAAAAACCUCUCCCGAGUGUCCAGAGAGCACUCUCAAAAGUAUUAUGUGCCUUCCUCUACUGCUAACGGACACCGCGGUCGCAAAGGGAGGCGCAGUGAAACCGUCAGCAAGAGUCCAGCUGUUUGGUCCGCAGGGUGAGGAUCGGGCUGCCGAUCGAACACCCGGCAGAAACAACAGGAACACAGAGGACUGGCCCGGACGGCAAUGGCCGCUUCAGAAGAUUUGAGGCUGGAUGAAAAAAAACAACAACAAAGACUUUGACAUCUCGAAGGCGUCGCCACUGCAAAACAAAAUGACUGACUGUUGUUGUUUUUUUGUUGCAGGUCUGCUUCUUCAGUUAUCAGAGAUGUUUUAACAUAUCAAUGAAAGAGUCCUAAGUUCCUUUAUCUCACUUGUAUGUGACGGUGGCCUCGUCUCUGGGCAGAGUGUGUGUGUGUGUGUAACACAAAACAAGGCCCGAGUAUUGUCUUCAGACUCAGCAUUUCAGCAGUUUUAUUCUCAUCAAGUGCAUCUCAAUCAAUUAAAAUAAUUUGAUUCAGAACGUGAACCCCAUAUUGCAGAUUCCUUAACGUGUUUACUUCUCUCGGUGUGGACAAGGGCCACGUUCUGCUGGAAACAUGAAUGUGAAUCUUUGCAAGAUUUCCCAGCAGAUGGAAGGGUGAAGCAGAGUACUUCCUUCUUGCUUUAAAUUUGAAGAGUUUUGCUUCAGAGUCCUCUGCAGGCUGCAGUUGUUCCUGUUGCUUGUGAAACAUUUUCCUUCCACUCAACUUUUUAUUAAUAUGAUGAAUGAAAAGUUGCAUACAGACUUACGAAUGCCCUUAACUUCACAGUACUCUCAAGUCCACAGUUCUUCCUGAUGCUUGUGCUAAAUUGCUUCCACUCAACUUUAUAUGAUUUGAAACAGCACAACUUCUUUUGCAGUCACUUUAAAUAAAAAGUUACUGCUAAAGUCACUUUAAAUAAAAUGCGACUUUACUGUUUUUGCAGUGAGUGUCAACAACUGCUCGGUGAAUAGCUACUGUCAAGUCAGCAGUUUGUCUUUUGUCCACCUGAUUUUACCAAAGUUUUGCCUUCCACUCAAUUUUCCAGAAAUAUGCAGUGAAAAGUGAUGUUAUAGUUCAAUUUUCUGAGAAGCUGAAUUGUAAGUUUUCUUUCAUCACAAUCACCUAAACGAACAGAAAUACGGAAAAUACUUGAAGAUUUUACCAUCUUGUGCAAGGAAUCAGUAUAAAAUAUCGCUUCUUGACUGGAUUUACUGAAAGAAGAAAACUUUUCAACAAAUUUUCUAAUUAAUUGAGAUGCACCUGGAGAGCACAAACUUUUCCAGGUCGUUUUGCUUCUCGUAGCGUUGAAUGAAUUUUUCCAUCCAGACUCAAAAACGCAGCUCGACAUAACGCCCAGGAGUCCACGGCGGAUGUAUAUCUCGGGGAUUCGUCCGCGUCGAUCUCUGCACACAGUUCACACCUGAGACAAGAGGCAGGCUGACCUGCUGACGGCACACGAGACGGCGAACAAGUCCGCUGCAUGAGUUCAUGUUGCCUUUCUAUGUGUUCAGACCGAGACGGACCAGAGUGGAACUAAUCUGCCCGAGAAAAUUCCCCCCACAGAAAAAGGACAACAUGGCAGCAGCUUCAUGCAGCAAAGUAUUUUUUUUUUUUUCAUAAUCUUAUGACUGAAAAUCUGUUGGUGUCUAAACUUAAGACAAUUGGAGUUUAAAGCACAGAUUAAUUUUUACAACUAAACACCGUGGGUGAAAUAUUUCCCUGCUCAAAUGUGGGAUUGAGUAUUUCUGAGUGUGUGUGUGUGUGACGAUUUCCACUGCACCCGCAGAGUGGUCGCUGGAAUUGUCUCUGUGUUUUCUUUUUGUUUUUUGGCUUGUUUUGUUGAACAGAAGGUUAAAAAAAAUUAAAAGCACUUUAUUGUUUAAAUAAAUGCCAUGUGUGAAUGAUAUAAAUAGUGUAAAGAUUUAGGUUAAUGCCAUUUAAUGCUGUGGAUGAUGUGGUAUUCGAAUGCAAUACAAACUUAAACAGUGAGUUCAAAUAAAUGUUUUGCCUUGUUUUGAAGUA